GUGACAGCAGAAGUCGUACAAAGUGGUUCUGUCACUGAACUCUCGGAAAACAAUUUCAGUUCUGGUUGCAUUUUUAAGGAGCUCGUGAUCGCUUUUAGUGUUAUCUCAAGUGGGUUUGACUCCUUGCAAACAGUGCUACAGUUCUAAAGUCCAAGGAGCCUGCUUGAACCAAUUAUUGCAAAGAAAAUGAGAAAAUGUUUAAUCGGCCACGAUGUCGAGAUUGGACGCCUCUGGCUACGCAGCAGCUUCGUUUGCGUAAUUUAAUUAAAAUUACAGGUCACAAUAUUGUUUGCCAACCGAAAUGUCAGCUUUACUUUACACUGCACUGGACCGUGAUGUCGGCCCCCUUUUACACGAGCGAAAAGAUGGAAUCGCACGGCAACAACACAUUCGACUGGCUCGAGAUCAAUUGCCAGCUGAUAUUGAAAUCCACACAGACUUCCGUGUGCAUUCGCGUCUGGGAGCAUAUGCCCACGGCCGAGGAGUGCACACCGCGCGGUCGUAGCGAUGAACUGUUGCGCGCUCGACGGGAGAGCACUACACCGCCCCAAUCGGGCACGGAUAAAAUGCUGUUCAUUUGGGGUGUCUACUUCUCGGGGCUGAUUUGUCUGACAAAACGCUCCGAAGCGAAGUUCAAUGAGAAUUCGCUUUCGUUUCAAAUGCACGGAGGGUAUUUCGCCUCGCCUGCUAGCCUUACACAGGAAACUAUGCGGCAACAGCUUGCGCUCAACUACAAGAUGGACCAGAAAAUUCUCUCGUCGAAUUCAUCGAGUCCAGCGAACAGCCAGCGGAGUUCGAGUGCGAGCAGUAGCGUGGAACGGGCAUCACGCGGUGCAGUCCCAAAAAGCUGUGAUAUCUUUAGCAAUUUAAGUUAUAGCGAUUUAGUUAGUCCUAGAGCGUCGUCUCAUCCUUCGACAACCUCCACCGUGAAACACAAAUCCGAGAAAGAUUUCCAGAUAAACUCGCCGCGCAGUAGUCGAAGCUGUAGUCCCGUUCGAUCGACGGACGAUCGGCCAAACUACCCCGGACAGGUGGAUUUGAGCAGGGAUCUGCUGAGCAUGUUGAAAAUUCGAUACAUCGAGAAGAGCUUCCGUGCCUCUGAGAUACGGCCGAGCUACAAUGUCGAGAAGCUCCUCAAAAUUCAGCAGUUGCAGCGAGAAUACAAACACCUCAACGAGCACUCCAAGGAAAUCACCGAGAAGAUUUGCAUGAAGAGCGCAUUUUGCCUGAACCUCGAUUUGAUCACGAGCAAAGGCUUCUUGUACAGACCGCGCGGAAACCCUUCCAUGGGUCGGACCCUGAAUCGCCUACUCUUCCAAGAGAAUCAGGUCAAGCCCGAAGACAUCCUCAAAGCCCAAGAUCUCAAACGACAAAUCGAAAUUGCCCGGUUCCGCCAUAAUCUCCUAAGCCAAGAACGUGAAAACAAACGGUCACAAAUCGAACAGUUAGAAACGAGGCUAAAUAAAUUGCACGAUUACAACAUCGAGAGUGGGUCGUGGCUGAUGUCGCGCUAUCGUAAUUUGGGCCGCGAGAAGGAAGGCCUUGCACAAGAGAGAAUAUCAGUUGAACAGCGCAAGGAAGUGUUGCAGGCGAUUGACAAGGCGUUGCGCGAUAGGCGAAUGCAAUUGUUGCACGAGUUGAAGGACAUUUACCCAAUCAGGCGACGUUCGAACGGAAGCUACGCCAUCCACAACGUGACCAUGCCGAAUGCACUGGACAGUCGGGAAUCCUCACACUGGUCCAGUAGCGCGGAUGGUACCCGGGAAAUCGUUUCGCCUCUUGCGUACAGCGUGGCGCUAGGAUAUGUAGCGCAUGUGGUUCAAAUGUGUUCUGUAAUUUUAGAUUUAUCACUUAGAAAUCCAAUAAAGCACGAUGGAUCGCGGUCGAGAAUUUUAGACGUUAUUAAAGACAUCCCGAAUGCACCCCGAGAAUUCCCAUUGUACAGUCGAACGAAUCCUCCGCCUAAUGUUAUUCUCUACGCAGUCUAUCUCCUCAAUCAGAACAUAGCCCAGUUGAAUUUUCAAGUGUAUAAUAUUAAAUGUGAUAUUCGAGCGACACUAGCUAACUUGCUAACAUUACUCAACGGACCACCAACGGCUUCAAUUCUGACGCCAUCGGUAGAGAAUGGAACGGAUAUGAACGAGACACUGACGAUUUAUGCGUCAGCGUCGGGAUCUUCGAUUGAACUGAACGUACCGAUCCCAUCGCAAAGGAGCUACCCAAUCGAUGUAGUCGACGCUAAAGUCAAUGAUCAAAGAAUUUCUCGCUCCGUUGGCAGUAGCUAUUCAGAUGACCAACUCUCCGCGAACAAUGGCAAACACUUUCAUAGUUCCGAACCGAUUUUAUCUAUCCAUAACAAUGUUCACUUAACGACAUUUAGUGAAAACGGAAAUGUGUAAAGAAUCUGGCGUUUAGAUCCACAAAAUAAUAGAGAAACGACGACACACACUUUCGCCAAACAAAAGAACUUCUAGAACAACAACUAAUUGGAUUAUUUUUACGAGGAAAGUUUCUUCAUUUUCUCAUUUUCAUCACAAUUGGUUUUCCCUCAAUCCGAAUAGAUAAUUCAAAAUUAUCAUAUUUUCAAAUGGAAGGAUUGGAUCGCAUCCUUUUCAUGUUGGCUUGCGAUUUGACUAUGAGUUGAUAAGAUGCUGGUCGAUGAUGAUAUGUUGGCUCCUAAUUUUUUCUCUGAAUUUUAAAAAUUAAUGAUUAUUAUUUAUGCGAUUAAUUUCAUGUUAAGUGGCACAUACACUUCGUUUAUUGUAUGAUUACAUAUUUGUAUUUAUUUAUGUGAAAACAGAACAAUAUGUAACGAGAAUAUUGCUAGGAUAUUAUCAUGAUUAUUAAAGAGAUUUAAUUGUUAUGCGAA